AGGCGAGAAAUUGUAAUAAAAAUGGCUGACAGGGAGAAUGUCUCUCAAGAAGAAUCCUCAGUAACUUCACCAAUGUCAGUGCCACCUGCUGCCCUACAGACCUCAGAUAUCACUUCACCUCCUCCCGUUGAAGAGGAGAGUGAAGAGGAAUCCUCCCAGAGAAGGCGACGUAGGACCGACCCCUCCAGUCCAUUUAGUUCCAACAUAUUCUCACCUCCGGCUCCCUCUAACAUAUUACCAUCCUCUGAGAUAGACCUAAGCUCUCCACUUACUUUUGGUACACCUUCCUCAAGGGUUGGUGGGCCGGGCUCUAAUCGUGGUGCCACGCCCGUACGCCCACGCGGGGAUCUGGGUCAGUCUCAGAGACUAAGAGAAAUCAACGUUGCUGUUUUAGACGGGGUAAGAGUACUCUCAUCUUGAA